CUGUUCUCUUUUGAUUUUGUUGAUUAUGCAACUAUCCUCUACUUUUUUUUUUUUUUGUCUUAUUUUGAUUUGUUGAUUAUGAAAAGAUCCAUCCCACAACAUUUGGUGAGUUUAUUACAGUCUACUUAUUCUUUAUUUAUUAUUUUUUUUUUUUAUUUAUUUAUUUUUUUUUUUUGCUAUUAGAUUUUGAUAAAUUUUGACUUGGUUACUGAACUUAUCACCAUGUUCUUUAUUUAUUCAUUUAUUUAUUUAUUUGUUGUUAUUGUUAUGGGUCAUGGCAUUAUCACAAGGCUGGUAUGUGAUUUCCUCAGGAUGUUAUUGUGAUAAUUGUAUUGUUAGUCAUGACUUACUGGUGUCACUGUUUUGAUUGCAAGGGAGGAGGAGGAGGAGAGUACCAUCACUGUUGUCAUUGUUUCACUGAAAGGGGUGGAGAAACAAUCUUUAUUAUCAUCACCAUUAUCUCUUUUUAUAGUCAUGAGUGGAGAAUUACCAUCAUUACUACUGUCAUCAUCACCAUUAAUUCCUGUGUUACCUGCAUGUGUAUUGUUGAACAGAUAACAUGUACUUAUGCAACAGAAGAAUUUUUUUUUUUUUUUUUUUUUUAAUGCAAGUGACUAAUAUGAGCGUUCAGUGAGAUGUCUGAAUGAAGAAAACUGUCUCCUUAACUUGACCUAACUCCUGUAUGGCCUGCCACAAGGAAAGGUUAAGAAAUGUGAUGUUUUUAUAAGGUAACUGACCCAUAUGAAUGUUCAGUGAGUAUCUGAAAGGGGGAAAUCCUUCUCAUUAACUAAGCCUCCCACUUGUCUGUCUUGCUGCAAGGAAAGGUUAAGAAAUGAUGCUAAACUUAAUCACAAAGAAUUUAUUAGCAUAUGUACAUACAUAGUAGAAGAGGUGUGAUAUUGAAAGGUUGGUUAAGAAAUGCUGCCAAACUUAAUGACAGAAUUUAUCAGCUUUUAUGUGGUGUUAGGUUUUAGAAGGUUUUGGAAGUGUACUGGUUAUUAAAUUUUUAUACAGAUAUUAUAGCAAAUACUACACAAACAUAACUGCAAAAAUUAGAUAUAUUACUCAUAAGAUGAUACCAAAUUUUUAAAAGCAUUUUUAGCAAUUAUCAUGCUUAGAUUUCCUAUUAAUAUGAUAAUUUUGCAUAAUCUGUGGUUUCUAAUUUGCACAAGUCCAAUAAUUUUAUUCUUGCAUUUUUAGAUUGACAAUUGCAAUCUGUUGUUUAUGAGUCUUGUAUGCAGCCAACUGUGUUAUGCCUAAGCUCCUGAGGUGCAGUAUAGGGUGGGUCACAAGACUGUCCCUUUCCACCAGUGGCUGACAGGGCUAUGGGUUUGAAGUGUGAAUGAUGUGUGUCUUUGAGUGAAUGUGCAGUGCUUUGUCUGGGCUGCUCCUUGUGUGAUUGUCAGCCUGAUAUAUAGUCUUUAUUAUUGAUGAAAGCUUUAAUGACUGUUUCAGUUUUUUUUUUUUUUUUUUUUUUUCAUUCUUAUUGUGUUCAUGUCACCAAAAAUUUAUUUAAACAUAAUUUUUGUCUGUACUGAUGUGUACUUUGUAAAUUGUAUGUGCAAUGAUUAAUAAGACACACUGAUCAUUAUAUGAGACUUUUGUUGCUGUUCCCUGCUUCUGAACCAGAAAUUAAGAGUGACAGUGAGAGGAAUGGGAGUAGGAAGACAAGGAGGACAUUUUUAAGAGAGAGAGAGAAAGAGAAAGGAGUGUGUAGUAAGAGAAGAAAAGAAAAUAGAGGAUACAUAAUUCUAAUAACCGAGACGAUGCUAUGCUAAGGAGGGAGGUGGAGCAGCACAGGAGGAGUACGUCACUGGCAUAGAUCAGGGCCUGGCUGCCCAGCAGCAUGGCCAGUGUGCAAUUUUUUUCCAUAAAAAAUAUUGAACUACCUCUCCUUGCGGAAUGCCAGACUCAGUUCCUCGUAGGAGAGGGGUUGGUAGGAGAGGGCAACCCGGAGCCAAACCUGAGCUGUUCUAAAAGUCUACCUCAGACACCCCUGAGAAUAUGUUCCUCCAUAAUGACACCCUUACUGUCUCUGCCAAAGGCGCCUUUUGAAUCUACAAAAGCUCUACAGGUAUCGUCCUUAUUACUAAGAGUCAACAAAACAGCGGCCAGUACAGAGACCCUUCAGAAAGCCAUGCAAGUUAAAUAAAGUUUGUAAAUAAUUCUGAUGCAAUAUGUCACUUUUCGAUUAUCUUAAAGGGAUAAGUCUAAUGUCAGUAGUUUAUUUUAGAUAAAUCAUAAAACAUAAACUAAUAAUUUUAUCAUAGCAACGGGUUCCCUUACCAGUGGCAAACUCCAAUGAGCCGUGGCAGUGUUACUUCAGACCAGACGUGGUGAAAGUGGUAAUGCGGGGCACUAUUUUACUAAUUUUAACUGAGUGAACCAAACCGAAUUAUAGUGACACGUGCUUGGUGAAGAGAUAACAUUUAAUUCAACAAGUCACAGUUGUCAUCAAGAUGCUGGGGGCGCUGUGGGAGCUGUAAUGGGAGAGAAAAAGAGCGAACAGGCGCCCCCCAACUACUGAAGGAAGUUGAGGCGGAAGAAAAUGGGAGCCUGCGCCACUAAGAAGCAGGCAAUCAAUCCUGGCUCGGCGCUGGACCUGGUCAUCUCUCAGGCCUCCAGCGAUGACUGUGUCCUCUACCGCCUGGCUGACUACAAGAAAGGCGGGCGUCUGAUCGAGGAGUAUACGCGCGGCGGAGGCAAGGAGGUGGAGAGGCUCAUCCUGGAGGAGUUUGGGGUGUUCAUGUACAACCACGGCAGGGGGAAGGAGAUCACGAGAACGGAGUACCUCAAGUGGAAGUACCGCAAGGUGCCCAAAGACCAGAUGGUCGUGUACAUCAACUCGGACAAGAAAUCUCCCUUUGAUCCCCUGCACAAAUGGAAGGACCACGAGGCGUGCUGGCAGAUGCAGUUCCGGGGGUCGCUGGGGGAAACACUUCUGCACGUGCUCAUUAUGUGCGACACCAAGGCACACACGAGAGUCGCCAAGAUUCUCCUGCGGUGCUUCCCGAGGCUCUGCGUGGACGUGGUGGAGGGGGAGGAGUAUUUGGGUGCCAGCGCCCUCCACCUGGCCAUCGCGUACGGCAACAACGAGCUGGUCACCAUUCUGCUGGCGUGCGGGGCCAACGUGCACCAGAGAGCCAUCGGUAGCUUCUUCCUGCCGCGGGACCAGCAGGUAACGGUGCCUCCAGGACCUGCUAACACGGACUACGAGGGCCUGGCUUACCUUGGGGAGUACCCGCUUGCUUGGGCUGCGUGUUUGGGCAACGAGACCGUGUACAACAAACUGCUGGACUAUGACGCUGAUUCCAAUGCUCAAGACAAUUUUGGCAACAUGAUUUUGCAUAUGGUGGUGGUGUGCAAUCAGCUGGGUAUGUUCUCCUACGCACUGCGGCACCCGAGACAACCAGCACAGGACGGGAUAAUGAACGAGGCGGGACUGACCCCUCUCACUCUCGCCUGCCGCCUCGCCCGCUCCACGAUCUUCAAGGAGAUGUUGGAGCUUACCUGUAUAGAGUUCUGGCGCUACUCCAACAUUACCUGCAGUGCUUACCCGCUCAAUGCCCUGGACACCAUUAGGCCCAGCGGGGAAACAAACUGGAACUCCGCCCUUAUGAUCAUCCUGAACGGCACGAAGAGCGAGCACCUGGACAUGCUAGAGGGCGGCAUCAUCCAGCGUCUGCUAGAGGAAAAAUGGAAGACCUUCGCCAGGAACCAGUUCCUGAAGCGCCUGGCCAUCAUGCUCCUGCAGUUGAUCCUAAUGAGUGGUUCUGUGUACCUAAGGCCUUGCUACUGCGGCCCCAGGGAUAUGGACAAGAAAGACGAGGUAGUGCGAAUGAAACUCUACAACGACUUCUUUGACAACGACGUGAAGAGCAUUACUCGCUACUGCUUCGAGGCGGGAACCCUGGCCGGCGUCAUCUCCUACGUGGUGUUCCAGCAGGGCGAGGAAAUGAUGAACCAGGGUAUCGCUUCCUUCAUGAGGGGCUUGGCUGCUAACGCCCCCAAGGCAAUCUUUCUGGUCUCCAACUUGUUAAUAAUGCUGUGUGUGCCGUGCCGGAUCUCCUACUACUUCAGCGUGGACAAGGACACCACCUUUAGGUACAUCGAGGACGAGCUGCUCUCCUACGCCGUGGCUGGGUCCUGGUUUAUGCUCAUGUUUUUUGCCGGCGCUCUGAAGCUGACGGGGCCCUUCGUGGUGAUGAUAUACAAGAUGAUCUCCGGAGACAUGUUCACUUUCAGCAUCAUUUAUGGCAUCAUGCUGGUCGGGUUCUCUCAGGCCUUCUACUUCCUCAACAAGCACCCCAAGAUGGACAAGGAGAGUAAAUACGCCUCCUACCACUCCACCUGGAUGGCGCUCUUCCACAUGACUCUUGGGGAUUAUGAUUACAGCGCGAUGGAUCAGAACAUCUACAGCGGCAUGAGCAAGUUUGUGUUCCUCGUGUUCACCAUCAUGCUGCCCAUUAUGUUGCUCAAUAUGUUGAUCGCUAUGAUGGCCAACACCUACAGCACUGUCAUCUCCAUGUCUGAGAAGGAGUGGGUCAAGGCGUGGGCGAAGAUCGUGAUAGCCCUGGAGCGCGCCAUAUCGCAGGAGAAGGCAAAGGACUACCUCUACAUGUACAGCAUCCCUCUCGGCGGCGGCGGCGACGGGGGCGAGGAGAGUCUGGGCGUCAUGGUGAUCAAGAGCAAGGACAAGACCAAGGCCAAGCAGAGGAAGGGCGCGCUCAGCAACUGGAAGCGCGUGGGUCGGGUCACCAUCGACGCCCUCAAACGCCGCGGUGUGAGUGGAGAGUUCCUGCGGCGGGAGAUGUGGGGUCUUCAGACUGCUGCCUCUACUCCUGUAAAAGGACCAGCCAAGAAGAAAGGUUACGGGAACUUCCUGGGUACGGACACUGGGCCGGGCACCGUGGACAUCCUGGGGGACGCCCUCGACCAGACCAGAUUUGCCGCAGACGGCGUGGACGUGGAUCCUGACAACGAGAUGGACGGCUUCGGGGCGCUGACAGGCGCCAUCGACCAACUCGCCUUCACGCACGAUCUCGACUUCUCGGGCGACGGCGUGGACGAUGACCCGCUCAAGCCUCGCGCUGCUGCUGACGUGACUGGUGCAGGCGGUCACAUGCGCGGCAGCAUGCUGGGGCCGCCCGCCGCCCUGCAGGCCAAGAAAAAGCUGAGAAAGAAAAAGGAGUUGGACGGACACGACAACCCGGCCUUCCUGGACGACGAGGAGCUGCUGCUGGCCGCGACUCUUGGCACUGAAGGCCCCGGUGCCGAAUCCGACGACUCCGACACCGACAUGCUUGAGGCGCGGCGCCUGGCGCAGCCCAGGAUAGUGAUUCAGGCUGAGACGGCUGCCGUGGUGUCCGGCGUCGGUGCCGCCCCCACUGCCGCUGCCAAGGGCAAGGCAACACCCAAACCUGCGGGAACUGCUGCCGCUAAGGACGCCAAGAAGACGCCCACACCACCCACGCCUGUCCCGGAAAUCCUGGGGCGGCCCCGCCUCCCCUCCGCCAAGAUCAGGAGGAUCGGUUCAGCCCGCAAGACUCCGGCGAGGUUCACGAUGACUUUCACCGAAAAGUAUGACCCGGUGAAGCCGUCGCCUGGCGCCCCGCAGCGGCAGAUGACGGCUGACGGGCAGGGCGCAGCGCCAAGCGACGCCGCCGACAAGGGGAAGAAGGAAGGCAAGGACAAGCCGAAGGACAAGGAUAAGGAUAAGAUUAAGGACAGUGCCAAAGAAGACAAGCCAGCGUGGUGGAAGAGGAACCCGCCGCCGAAGAAGAGGACGAGAGCGGUGACAAGUGGGCGGAGAAGAAGCCUCGCCGCAGCACCAACAAAGUAGCGCCCUCGGACUCCGUCGAGUCAGGAGCCGAGGGGCGCGCGCGAGACGACCUGAGCGUGGGCCUGCAGUCUGGGGCAGACACGACCCGCGAGGAGGUGAAGGCCAAGGAGCGGGAGCGGCCCAAGACCUCGGUGGCCAGCCAGAAAAUGAAGAAGAGGGCGACUGACGACGUUGGCAACAUGAACAGCAUCCUGCCCUGGGACAACGAGGACGGCGACAUUAAGUAAACACUGACCACUACGAGCAGUCAGGGAGACACUGAGAACGAGGCAGCAAGGAGAGCAUAGCGAGAAGCAAAGACCGUUCAGUAUUGGACACCAGACAAAGACAAGGCCGAGAACAUUAAACAGGAGCAUCACGUAUUAUCCUGCCCCAGGCCGCUCACUCCCCGGUCGAGAAGCUCCAUCUCACUGGUAUUGGAUUCCCCUCUUCAGGUUUCUGUCUGGGGCUAUUCCAUUUGUCCUGAGCCGCCAGACGUCGCGGCGUGGGAAGCUUAACAAAGCCAAAUUGGAUUAAAUGGAUACGAGACAAACAUCAGAGUAAGACACUUUGCUGAAACACCUGUCGUCUGCACAGCUCUGCCACACGCCACCAAACACUGCAUGCUCUCAUACACUAACCAUCACAUAAUCACACUCUCCUCAGCAUACAUUACCAGUUACCACACACAUCACAUCACACACCAUCUCACUCCACCUACCCAUCACACAAUCCAGCGUGGACUCCUCAUCAGUACACGUGCUCACAUCAGUCACGUCAGUCAUGUUCGUCGUCACUAAGUCACUGGUAAUCGAGUACACGACGAAAGCAGUUUCUUUGUCACCGCCCGAAUUUUCCGGUGUCCUUCAGUUUCGUUUUCGUUCAUGAUGUGGCAAAUGUGUCGUCAAUUCUGGAAUUAGCUAGAGUAGUAUUUUUAGUUUAUUAAUGUACUCUUGGUCCCUCAUAUAUCAGGAUUUUUUCUCAUACAAGAGUGGAAGAAUUUUACCCCUGAACCAUCGCACAUUUUCCUAUAAGUUUUCUUCAGCAAAGUCUCGAAGAUCUAUUCCGGAAUUAGCUAGAGUCGUAUUAUUAGGGCUAAUUCAUCGUUACUUCGUCAUGGAUUAUGGUUCCUUUUCCUGUAACAAAGACGAAGAAUAUUAGUACAGUAUCACUGCAUCUUUCCCUAUAUAAGUUUUCCUUAGCAACGCUUCCAGAUUUUGUUCAGGAAUUAGCUAGAGUAUUAUUUUUAAUGUUAAUUUAUUCUUAGUGCGUCAUCAGUUUUCUCGUACAAUUAUGUUACGAAGAAUAUUGCUCCUAUAUCAUCGCACACUUUCCUACGUAAUUUUCUUCAGGUAGAUCUUCAGAUUAUAUUUUUAGCGUCAAGUUAUCCUUAGUCCGUCAUUUAUUAAGGUUUCUUUUUCUAUAACAUUAUGACGAAAAAUAUUACUCCUGCAUCACCGCACACCUUCCUAUAUAAGUCUUCAGUAGAUCUUCAGGUUCACGUAGUACAGACUGCUGUCUUGAAGUAUUACGUAGGAGUCGUCACAGGUUUAAUUUUGACUUCCACGUAACUUACCUUGCCUCUUAUUUAACUUACCUUGCCUCUUAUUUCAAGGUGUUGCCUCCAUCGUGAAGGUAAGAAUAUUAAAACGUAGCACUUCA